GUCCCACGCACCGACCUCCAAACCCACACUUAUAAUCCCGUCGCGGCCCACCGACCGACCUGAUCGCUUUCCUCUCCCACACCCGCUCCCCGCCCCCGCCCCGAUCACCGCCGAAUUCCCCUCCUCCUCGUCUCACUCUCUGCCAGCCAACCACCCCCCGCCGGCCAUGGGCGCCGCCAACAGCCGCGAGGACGAGCUCACCUCCUCCUCCGGCGAGGAGGAUGAGGAGUACGAGCCCGAGUCCGUGCCGCGGAAGGACGACCCGCUCCGGGCCACCACCCCCGCCUCCAUCGAGUUCCUCGACGCCAAGCUCCGGGCCCUCGACCUCAAGUACAAGCGGCCGGACAACGCCGCCCGCCUCUACCUCCACGUCGGCGGCGCCUCCGCCGACGCCCGCUGGGUCCCCGCCGAGCGCCGCGCCACCUACGCCUUCGUCGACAGGGCGGCCUCCGUGGACCACGACCACGACGACGACGACGACCGCGACCGGGGCCGUCGCUCCUCCUCCUCCUCGCCGGCCUCGCGCCCCAGGUGGGUCCUCGAGGUGGGCCCGGGCCGGCGGGUGUCGGCGCCCGUGGGGCAGGAGCUGCAGCUCAAGGCGCUCCCGGGGCAGCGCCGGGCCGACUUCGCCGCGGCCGGCUCCGUGUGGGCGCUGCGGUUCCCCAACGACGCCGCGUUCCGCCGCUUCCGCGAGGAGUACGACCGGUGCCUCUUCGAGAACACGUACGGGGUCGAGGCCACGGACGAGGGCCGCCGGGAGGUCUUCGGCGCCGACUUCGCCGCCUGGGCGCGCCCCGCCGAGGCCGACGACGCCGUCUGGGCCGACGCGGAGGACGACCUCGCCCCUCCCCCCGCCGCCAGGGACCUGCUCGAGGAGUUCGAGGAGGAGGCUGGGGACGGCAGCGGCAUCCAGAGCCUCGCGCUCGGCGCGCUCGACAACAGCUUCCUGGUCGGCGGCGCCGGGAUCCAGGUCGUCAAGAACUUCCGCCACGGCGUGCACGGCAAGGGCGUGUCCGUCAGGAUCUCGGGCGGCCGCGGUGGCAGUACCACCACCAGCUACUCGACGCCCAAGAAGGCCCUGCUCAUGCGCGGCGAGACCAAUAUGCUGCUGAUGAGCCCGGGUGACACCAGCGCGCCCCAUUCCAACGGCGUCCACCAUGUCGACAUCGAGACCGGCAAGGUUGUCACCGAGUGGCGGUUCGAGAAGGAUGGCACUGACAUCACCAUGCGAGACAUUGCCAACGACAGCAAGAGCGCGCAGCUCGAGCCCUCCGGUUCAACCUUCUUGGGGCUGGACGACAACCGGCUGUGCAGGUGGGACAUGCGUGAUGCAAGGGGCAGGGUGCAGACGAUCGGCAACUCCUCCGACUCGCCGGUGCUGCACUGGUCACAGGGCCAUCAGUUCUCGCGGGGCACCAACUUCCAGUGCUUCGCAAGCACCGGGGAUGGCUCCAUUGUUGUUGGCUCUGUCGAUGGCAAGAUCAGGCUCUACUCCAAGAGUUCGAUGCGGAUGGCCAAGACGGUGUUCCCUGGUCUUGGGUCGCCAAUCACGCACGUCGACGUUACUUAUGAUGGGAAGUGGAUUCUGGGCACCACAGACACAUACUUGGUUUUGAUUUGCACUAUCUUCAAAGACAAGGAUGGGAAAGAGAAGACUGGAUUCAGUGGGCGUAUGGGGAACAGGAUCGCGGCGCCGAGGUUGUUGAAGCUCAGCCCUCUUGAUUCAAUCCUGGCUGGGAACGACAACAAAUUCCACGGUGGACAAUUUUCAUGGGUAACAGAGAACGGGAAGCAAGAAAAGCACCUCGUCGCGACAGUCGGCAAGUUCAGCCUGAUAUGGAACUUCCACCAAGUCAAGGACAGCAACCAUCACUGCUACCGCGACCAGGAGGGUCUGAAGAGCUGCUACUGCUACAAGGUCGUCCUCAAGGAAGAGUCCAUCGUUGACAGCCGGUUCAUGCACGAGAACUUCGCAGGAUCCGACUCCCCUGAAGCUCCCCUGGUGGUCGCCACCCCGAUGAAAGUCAGCUCCUUCAGCAUCGCAAACAGACGUUGAUUCUGAUGUUUCUCCGUUCUGAACCGUAGUGCUAGAAGUUACGGGUCUCUGUGCAGAUUGGUCACUCUUCUAAUUUUUUUGUCUGGUUCUUGUGGCCUUCUUUUCAGUGUAAAGUCAUGUAGUAUUUGCUUGCGGUUUUAGACUUGCGUGUUUGCUUGUGGGUAAAACAUAUGGCCUCAAUCUGAAUGUUCGGACAAUAGUGUAGUGUUCUGUGUGUGUAAUGUAAACAUCAUUUUCACGCGCGUAUAAUGGAAGUGUGUUUAGAAAGAA